UCGUAUCUUGGCUUCCUAACAAUGGCGUUAAAAGCUUUAAAAAGCAGUCCUAAAGAAGGAGGAAGACGAGGACACAAGACUAAUUUCGAGCUGGCUGUUCCAGCGUCCGCAAUUUUGCGUCAAAUCAUUGGAAGUGGGAUGCUGGUCCUCCCAGAUGGGAAUGACACUCCAAUUUUGGGAAGAGUUGACGUUAAUUUACAUUUAGUUUUACUGUGUUUGAUAUUGUCGUAUUCUUUGCAGGGCUUCUAUAUUGUUGCAUACGCUGUCGGGAUCUACUAUCUUAAUUUGCUUCUUCUCUUUCUUACACCCUCUAUUGAUCCAGCACUUGAAGAUGACGAUGACGGUCCUGUACUUCCUUCAAAAUCGAAUGACGAAUUUCGUCCGUUUAUGCGUCGGCUUCCGGAAUUCAAAUGCUGGCACUCCGCUAUGAAAGCGACUUUGAUUGCCACAACGUGUACGUUUUUUGAAUUCUUCAACGUACCUGUGUUCUGGCCGAUACUUGUUAUGUACUUUAUAAUACUAUUCUUCUUGACAAUGAAGAGGCAGAUUAUGCACAUGAUAAAGUACAAAUACAUUCCAUUCACUGUUGGCAAACCUCGGAUGGCGGGCAAGGAGGACACUGGGAAGGUUGUCGUUGGCUAA